CGUUUUGAGGUCUCUCUCCCACGCGCAAACACACGAAAGCGUGGGGGCGCUUGCAAAGAAGAGAGAGUGAAAAUGAGUCGAGCCAUAAUCUUCUCAUUGUGAGAAUCACAUCUGGCCUCUCCCGAGAGAGACGAGAGAGAGAGAGAGAACCGAUAGAAUAGAUAAACGGAUGUGAAGAUGUGGGCCUUGAUGGGAGCCGUGUGCCUGUGCCACUGCGCCGUCGGGCAGCUGCUGAAAGGAGCGCCGCGUCUUCUCUGCAGCGUCCCCGGGGCGCCGGGACCGCCCGGCGAGCCCGGCCCGGCCGGGACCCCGGGAUCGGACGGGAACGCGGGCGCCCCCGGAAGGGAUGGCAGAGAUGGCAGGUCGGGCGAGAAGGGGCAGAAGGGCGACCCAGGUUUAAAGGGCAGGGUGGGGCCCACGGGUAAGAUCGGCGAGCGAGGCGAGCGAGGGCCAACGGGUAAACGAGGCCCCGUGGGGGAGAACGGACACGAAGGCCCGCCGGGCCCGCUCGGCCGCGACGGACCGAAAGGACAAAAGGGCCAACGCGGCGUUCGCGGGACGGCGGGGAAAUGCAAAUGCGGGAGCCUCACACCCAAGUCGGCCUUCUCCGUGGGCAUCACCAACAGCUACCCGACGGAGAACACCCCCAUUAAGUUCAACAAGGUCCUCCUCAAUGAGGGCGGCCAUUACAACCCUCAGACGGGCAAGUUCAUCUGCGCGUAUCCCGGCAUUUAUUACUUCUCCUACGACAUCACGCUGGCCAACAAACACUUGGCCAUCGCUCUGAUGCACAACGGACAGCAUCGCAUCAAAACCUUCGACGCCAACACGGGCAACCACGACGUGGCCUCCGGGUCCACGGUGAUGUUCCUCAACCCCGAAGACGCCGUGUGGCUGGAAAUCUUUUACCACGACCAGAACGGUUUAUUUGCCGACCCGGGUUGGGCGGACAGCUUGUUCUCAGGCUUCUUGGUCUACGCCGACACCGACUACUUUGACACACUGGCAGACGACUACGCGUAAGGAAAACCGAGAAUCAAGCUGAGCUAACGAGCUCAUUACCGUGGCUUUGAUGGUUUUAUCGUGUAUGACAAAACAGUUUUUCACUAUUACCGUAUUUCCUCAGUGGCCGUCCCUCCGUGUAUUUCACAAAUAAACAUCUCCCUCAAAUGA